AUGGCCACGAAGUGCUCCGAUGAGUCCGUGUUGGCAGGGCUGUUCCUGGCGGCUUACAGCGGAAACCUGGCGGACGUGAAGUCCACGCUGAAAAACAACGCGCUCUCUGCGGACGUUGCUGACCCAAACAAGGGCUCUACAGCGCUGCUUUGGGCGAGCACCGGCGGCAGUCUGGAGGUGGUAGAAUGGCUGGUGAAGCAAGGGGGGGCGAACGCAGGGCAUCGAAACAAGGUACGAGGCGGGGAUGCGAUGGCCGCCGGGAGGGAGCAAUUUUGA